AUGGAUGAGGAGGGCGAGGAGCCGUUGAGCCAGAUGAGCCUGGCUGAGCUCAAGCGACGCGGAUACAGCCUGGAUGAGAUCUCCAGAAUCUUCACCGGUGAGCCCAUUCCAUCCUCGCGCUACCCUGCUGGCUCGUUCGCCACCCCUGCAUCGCGACCCUAUCGCCCCGCGACAGGCAAUGGAGCCACGAAUGGCGCGAAUGAGAAACAAUGGAGCCCCGUCGGAGCCAUCAAGUCCCACGCUCGCACCCCGUCCGUAUCGAAGAUCGGGGCGACCCCUCGCGCAACCCCCAGCACCCUUGCCGGGCGUCGCCACGUCUCGGUGCGCAAGACUCCCGCGGGGAGCCGUGAGAUGCCAGGUGCUGCCGACACCACCUCCGCAACGGCACACCGGAUUCUGGCCACCCUGGGCAAGAUCCCUUCUCCUCUGCCGAGCGACAGGUUGACGGACGCCCGCUCCAUGCAGAAGACGCUGGGCAAGCGCCACUUGGAGACGCCGUCGUCGUCUCGGGAUGCCGAGAAUGGACACGGAAGGAGGCCCUCUGUUAAGCCCCCACCCAUCGCCAAGCGCCAGAGGCUGGACGAGGACAGUUUCGCGCGUGUUCCGCACAAAGCAAAGACGGCGCUUCACGACGAUUACUAUGAGCGCGAACACGAGGAGGAGGAGGAGGAGGAGACGUACGGGGAGGAGGGGAGGACGACGACCCAAGACGAGCAGCUGCGCGGGCGAGAGCGCGAGGAAUCCUCGACCUCGUUCGGGCUUCCCAAGCCCUCGCGCACCGACAAGAGGCCCUCAUCAGCUCUGCCGAGCGAUUCCGAGCACUCUGCCCCCUCCUUCAUUUCGCCCAUUGUUGCUUCGGAGUCGAUCUUCAGCUACAAGGCGACGACCGUCGUGAACGGCAAGGCGAAGGAGGACGAAGAGGAGGAGGAGGAGGAGCAAACGCUCACCAAGCGGAAGAGGAAGGAGCAGGAGUCCCCCAGGCCCGUGGGCCUGGCGCUGAAGGGCAAGGACGAGGGCGAAGCCGCCGCCGCCGCCGCCACCGAGGAGAAGAAGGAGCCGGCGCCGUUCGCGUCCCUCCCGUCGUUUGGUAUGCCGUCGACGUCGGCCUCGUCGGCGCCCUCGACCUCCUUCUUUGCCAUGGGCGCCUCCUCCGCUCCCGCUGCCGAGUCCGCCAGCGCUGGCAGCGUCGACUUCGGAGGCUUCGCCAUGCCAGCGAAGGACAGCAAGAAGGACGAGGCCGCCGCACCGAAGACCGACUUUAGCGGGUUCAGCUUCGGCAAGACGGAGGGCACCUCUGUUCUGUCCGACACCUUCUCCUCCUUCAUUGCGCCGCAUCCCUCAACCGCCGCCGCCGUCGAAUCUGCGCCCGCCGCCGUCUCCUUCGGAGGCUUCUCCGUGCCUGUUGCGGCCAAGAAGGACGGCUGGGAGUGCGCCUGCUGCACCGAGUCGAACCCCGAGUCGGCGACCAGCUGCGGUGUCUGCAUGGUGCCCCGGCCUGCGCCCAAGGCUGCCGCCCCCGUUGCGGAAGCGGCCAAAAAGGAGGAAGAAAAGCCGGCGCCGGCCACUUCGUUCGGUUCCUUCUUGCCGGUGAGCGCUGACGCGGCCACCAAGCCGGAGUCGCCCAAGCCGGAGGCCAGCCCGGUCCUCAAGGAGACGGUCGUCGCUGUCAAGGACAAGGAAACCACUGCGGCGCCGACGCUCGCCUCGCCCUUCACGUUCGGAUUCUCGGCGGAUACCAGCAAGCCGAAGGAGAAGGAAACGAAGGAGCCGGCGCCCGUCGCUGAGGAGAAGCCCGCGCUGGCGUUCUCGGCAGAGAAGCCCAAGGAGGAGGCCAAGCCCGCCACCGACCUGUUCGGCGGCUUCAAGAGCGACUUCAAGAGUGACUUCGGCAGCGGCAGCACGCCCUCUUUUGGCACUUCCACCUUCUCGCUCACCUCUUCAACGCCCUCCACGUCGCUGUCGCUGUCCGCCUCGACCGAGUCAUCGGCCACUUCGGCCGCCGCCACAUCGCUCUUCGCCCCCUCGUCGUCGACUGGAAUGCAGAAGCCUUUCAUGUUUGGCUCGACCGACCAGGACAAGGCCAAGGAGGAGCCUCCCAAGCAGAAGGAGACUGCUGCGCCCGCGAGCGCCCCGUUCAACUUUGGCUUCGGCGGCAGCGCUUUCGGAGCCCCCGCCAAGAAAGAGGAGGAAGACACCAUGGCCGACUCGGCCGAGCCCAGCGCCUCCACCGCCGCGAGCGCUCCGUUUGGUGGUAGCACGUUUGCGGCGCCAAGCAGCACGCCCGCCGCGUCGUCGAUCUUUUCGUUUGGGGCGCCGGCCGAGACGCCCUCGCUGCCUGCCACGUCUGCUCCUUCGUCGGGCAUGUUCAUGUUCGGCGGAUCGGCGCCCGCCUCUGCGCCCGCCCCGUCGCUCACAGCCUCGGGCUCGUUCCCCUUUGGUUCGACCGCAUCGACGCCGGCCUUCCCCGCCGCCACGUCCUCGGCGUUCACCGCUCCCUCCACCUCCACUUCAUUCGGCGGCUUUGGUGGCGAGAGCGCGUUCAGCCCUGCUGCCUCGGUGUUUGGCGCUCCUCAGGCCGCCGCGCCGACAUCGACCUUCGGCGCCUCUGCGCCCUUCAGCCCGUUCGGAGCGAGCACCGGAGCCACGAGCACGUUCGGCAGCGCCGGAGCGUUUGGCGACACUGGCAGCAGCCUGGCCUCGAGCGGCACCUUCGCGACCACACCUUUCGGCGCGCAGCCGGCGGCACCCACGAGCUUCGGGGGCGGCGCAUUCGGGGCUCAGCCCUCUGCUGCCGCUGCCUCCCCGUUCCCCACCUUCGGCGGCGCUCCCUCGGCGUCCUUUGGCGCCGCGCCCGCCCCGGCCGCUGGCGGCGCCUUCUCUCUUGGCGCCGCGCCCGCCGCUGCCCCCGGCGGCCGUCGCGUCUUGCGCGGAGCUCGCCGAGGCAGGGGCGGCGCACACUAA